UAUUCUGURGUGWCASUUGUGUUUGUUUUAAUGUGUUUSUAGGUUAUUGUUUCRCAAACAGAAAAUAUAAAGUGRGUAAAUUGAAGGAAUAAAGUACUUCCCAGAAGAUUAGCUACGAUUUAUUGACUUUAAAAAUGUCUGUGGAGCAAACAGCUUGCGAAGAUGUUGCAGAUCUAAAGGCCUUUGAGAGACGUCUUACCGAAGUUAUAGCUUGCUUACAUCCUUCGACUACCAGGUGGAGAAUUGUACUGGCAGUAAUAUCAGUAUGCGUUGCUACAGGCGGUAGUCAAUGGAUUUUUGAUCCUGAAACCCGGAUAGUGUCACUUUCGCAAUCGCUAACCAACCAUCCAUUUUUUAUUUUAUCUACUGUCAUCCUUGUGAUAAUUUUACUGCUGGGUGUCCAUAAAAGAGUAAUCGCUGGAUCUAUAAUCACGUCGCGCACGAGGGAAGUGCUAAGGGAUUUCAAUAUGUCUUGCGAUGACACAGGAAAGCUUAUACUUCGACCAAGGCCUACAAAUAUUACAUGAUGCUUAUUUAAAUUAAAAAAAUGUGUUCAUAUUGUGUAACCACAAAAAUAUUCACUAAACAGAUUUGAGUUAAAUAAA